AUGGACAAGGGAAAAUAUAAACAGACAAGUCUAGACUAUUCGUCGCCUGUGAUGAAUGCACAUAAAGCUCUCCAGGACAGACAGAGCGAGACAAAUUAUGAUGAGUAUCUGAUGGCUAUGAAACGGGUGCACCACGGGCAUUCUGUCGUGAACGAUGUGCCGAUUGAGAUAGAGACCCCGAGAGCUCGUCGAAGGAAGCAGAGCAUGCAGAAACAGGCUAUGCUAGACAGUAAAGACACAUUGAACUCGAUGACGGAGGCGGCUCGUAUGGGCAUCAUAGCGUCCAUGGUGCCUGAUGAGAUCAUUUACAAGCAUUGCGACUAUUCUAUCAGAAGUUAUGAGACCGCCCUCAUGUUCUGUGAUGUUUCUGGUUUUACCGAGCUUUGCGAUAAAUACACAAUCUCGGGAAGUGGUGGACCAUCAAGGCUGACGAAAGUACUGAACUCCUACAUCGGAGCCAUGGUACAGGAGAUAUUGACACAUAAUGGGGACGUGCUUAAGUUCUCCGGCGAUGCGUUCCUGUCCAUGUGGAAGAAAACAGCCCGGUUGUCCAUGCAGGAUGUGGUCCAUAGUGCCAUCGACUGCGGUCUUAUUAUACAGAAGAAUUACGGAAAUUUUACUUCUGAUGUUGGUGUUGUUUUGAAGGUAAAAGUGGCAAUAUCAGCGGGCCUCUCGCACUUUUCGAUCAUUGGAGACGAAAACUUGACUCAAUCGAGUUCAUCAUUCGUGAUCAUUGGCCAGCCUGUGUGGGACGUCAAGAUGGCACAGUAUAUGUCCAAGUCAGGAGAUGUGCUGACUGCUGCCAGCGCUUGGACUUAUGUUAACGAAGCUGAGUAUUGGACUCAACCGUGUGGAGACGGAAGACAUACUAAGGUUUUAGGAGUUGGUGCCUCUUGGAAGAGAGUGGAAAAAUUGCAAGAAAAUUUAGGAGAACGAAAAUAUUCCGAGACGGUAGGGUUUGCAAAACAACAUCGCGACUCUACGUACUCGACAGACUCUAGCGACUCGGCAGCUCUCAUUAUGUACAAGGAGUUCUCCCUUCGGCCAGCUGUAAUAGCAGCAGUAAGAACUUCAUGGUACCCUGAUCUUCGGCGGUUCAUGGCGUUACCAGUAAUUCGCGCAGUGGAGAAUGAUGAGCCAAUGGAUUUCCUCACUGAAAUCCGCCGCGUCAUCGUCGUCUUCCUCAAUAUCAUCACGAGGACUGUCACUCCUGAUGUACUUAUUGAACUCGUGGAUACUGUUUAUAAGCGAGUUUCGAGAUGGCCAGAACGACCGCCAUGCAGUCGACACCCGAUCUUAGGGCGUAACGAUGAAAUGCGAGUCUUCAAGAGCACUCUCCAGAAUGCCAUGGAGCAGCAGAACAGGAGCUUCACAAGAUACCGUGACCAUGUGUAUGGUAUAGCCUUUACUGGAGAAUCACUAAUCGGGAAGACGCGUAUGAUAGACGAAUGCCUCUUUGUCACUCCAGACUUUUUGCAGAAGGAGAAAAUAGUUCUAUGUUGCAAUGAUAAUGUACCUUACCAUUUAUUCCGAAGAAUCAUGGAGAAACACUUUAGGAAGGGAAGCCGGAGAAAUUCGCAAGAAAAUAAAGAGAACAGAAUAAGACAGGCGGUUAUCGAAAGUGCCAGUGGUGGGUCUCCAGGUUGGAUACAAAACUUCUUGAUAGCUUUAGUGCAAAGAGGAGCUCUUACUAUAGUCACAAUGACUCGUCAAGAAGCACAAAAGAAGCCAGGACUUGUGAUGCCUGCUUUGACCCUACUACAGAAGGUCGUUGACGGGGAAGAAGAAGAAAUGGCUCGAAGACGUAGCUAUCAGAGUAUUUACAGUUUCAUGACCGUCAGUGUGGUGAGUAAGACGGAUAACCAACUAGGCGACCACGAAGGUGACCAUACAGUUCAAGUGGCAGUACUCGCUGACUCCUAUACUUUCGAGGACAUGAAGGUUGAUAUGGCUAUGGAUGCAAUAAUAUUGAAAACCUACGACUCUUUGACUCCAUUUGAGAAGAUGUUGUUAAAAUGUGGAUCAGUGCUCGGAGACGUCUUCUCCAGAAGAAUGCUUUUGAAUCUACUACAAUGUGAUUCUCCAAGAAAAGUAGCCCAAGCGAUAGCAAAAUUAUUCAUAAUUCGGGUACUGGAGUGUGAGGGAGGGGACUUCACUCACGAUACCUCCUUGGUCCUGGUACACCCUGCGCCAUCGGUCCCUGAUCCCAAGCCACCGUACUGCGCCUGUUUGGGAACCCGGCAACCUCCAAACUGCCGUGAUCUUCCCAUGUAUGCGUUCUGUGGUUACAUUAAAUUCCGUCACUCCUUAUUCAGAACCACUACGUAUGAAAUGUUGACUGAGACACAGAAGGGAUUAAUUUACGAAACAGAAGAACUAAAACGAACGCGUCUCCAAAUCAGUGCUCUAAGUGCAGAAGCUAAGAUCCCCGGAGAAGAAAACACAAACUUCUACGUCGGUGACACUAGCAUGGACUAUCCGACAGAGGACUUUUACCCAAAGAACCUGAAUAAGAAAUGGGUCAGAGAUUUUUGCAUGGCAAACAUAUUUUCCUUGCGAGGUAUAUGUAUGCUGGAGUCUGGAGACCACAAUGAGGCUCGGAAGCAAUUGUUUCAUGCCAUGAAAUUGUAUAGGCAUCCAUUUCCUACUUCCAAACACAUGAUAAGAUUAAAUAACAUGGGAGCGUCCUUUCAUCAAGUGAUGGCACUUUAUAUUGCGCCGAACUUCUACAUUGAGAGGGAAAGUGGCAUGAUAGGCAACUUUUAUGAAGAUAUUGCAUUUACUCUGUAUAGACUGUACAGGUUAUUUACGGAAGCCAAGGAGCCAGCGAACGCAACGUUAGCAGCUAAAUGGUGCCUGCAUUAUGCUUUACGUACAAACUCCAACUUUCGACUGCUGUGUGUCAGUUACGCGAACAUGAUAGCAGAUUAUGGACAAAGGCAACAGUUCUCGAUGUGCGAAAAGCUGGAGAACCGAGCAAUGGAGAUUUGUCGUCGCAAACGUGGUCAGUUGGAUGUGACCGAAGUUCCGGCACUCAGUUAUUUAUACACAAGCAUAUUUCUUUUCUACGUUGACCAUGGAAAAAAGAUAGAAAGCUUGGAAUUCGGUUUGUCAGUGAUGCACAUGCUAACCACUCGGACUGAGAUGAACACGCGAGAAUCUCUGGUCUUGUGCAUGCUAAAGUUAUUGCUAAGCGACCUGAAGAUAAAUGAUAUGGUCACUAUCAUGAGGGAAUUCUUCUACUUGACUGAUCACUAUGAUUUGUGCUCUGAAACCUGGUACUAUUAUUAUGCAAUAGUGAUCCUCCUUGACACUGGAUACUGUGUGGAAUCGUACGGAACUUGUGAGAAGUUCUACAUGAAGAAAGGGGAUGCAUUACUAAGAUCGAAGACUCCAGAAGCCGCUUGGAACUUUUUUGUUAGCAUGUGGCUGGUACAUGAGUUCAACAUGAUGAUAGUCAUCAGACUGGUUGAGGGGCUCCUUAUUACGUUGGUGAGAGAGAUGGACAACAGGAACAUAAAGAAGAUUAUGGUUUUGGAGAAAUAUUUAAAACCUUUGUUUCUUGACAUGGAAAAAGCAUGUGCAAAAUCUCCUAUGUAUCGGACAAGAUAUUGCCUUAUGUCGGCAUACUACGCCUAUAUAAGGGGCAAGAAGCAUAGAGCGUACAAUUACUUGAAUAAGGCCCGGGACCUCUCGAAGCAGUACUCCAACCUUGUCCUCAUUUAUUGGGUGGAACACACGCACAAUCACUGGAAAGGCACACUAAACCCCAAGUACAUUGAUUACUGGUCUGAACACAUAGAACCGAAUAAUUUGCUGGAUUUCAGAGAUUUCGACCCUCAAAAUAACAUAAUUAUACCAUACACUUUACCUUUACCAACUGAUUUAGACAAAUAA